AUGGACAGUCAAGAAUCACCAGAAUUUUACCGAGACCAAUCACCAGAAGAAGCCAAUAAAGCAGAUUUAGAGGUGAUAGACUACAUUACCAAAAUAGACCCAACUUACAAUAUUGUUUCACCCAUCUUGACACCCAGGUUUGCCCCCUCUUGUACCCAUCAAAGUAUGAAAUGGAUGGGUGACCUAAUGAAAAAACACAACAAUAUCCCAUGUCAAACACACAUAUCUGAAAACGAGAAUGAAAUUAAAUGGGUCCAAGAAUUAUUUCCGGACUCCAAAUCAUAUGCUGACGUAUAUGAUCAAGCUGGCCUACUAACAGAGCGAACGAUUCUUGCCCAUGCUAUCCAUUUGUCUGAGGAUGAAAAGGAUUUGAUAAGUGCUAGAAGAUCAGGUAUUUCCCAUUGCCCUAUAAGCAAUUCUUCAAUUGGUAGUGGCCUGGCUCCGGUGAGGUCGCUCUUAAACAAAAAUAUUAAAAUGAGUCUUGGCACUGAUGUUUCUGGGGGCUACUCACCGAGCAUUCUCGAAGUCUGUAGGCAGGCCCUGACUGUUUCAAGACUUGUGGGAUACACCACGAAGAAUGAUAAAGACAAGCUAUCAGUUUCUGAAGUAUUAUUCCUUGCCACCCUUGGAGGAGCACAAGUAUGCAACUUGGAACACAAAGUGGGUAAUUUCCAAGUCGGAAAAAAAUGGGACGCACAACGUGUAGAUUUGAGUGUUGAAAAUACGCCGAUAGAUUUGUUUGAUUGGUAUGGCGCCGAGGAGCCAACUCCAGAAAGUAAAAUCAAAUGGUUUGUAGAUAAAUGGUUUUUCAGUGGUGAUGACAGGAAUACUCGACAAGUUUGGGUCGAUGGUAAUUUGGUAUUAGAUAAGGAUUAG